CAGUCAGGGAACAUUCAGCAGUAGUGCCUGCACUGCUUAGCUGCUCACAACAGAUCGUUGUCUGGGGCAAGAGGGCAGCAGGCCAUGCAUGAACACACAGACAGACAAGGGGAGAUAAUGGUGCCCAGCUACUCUUAGGAACUGAAGAGAGCUUAGCUGUCCAUGUUUUCACUGCCAGACACUCUCUGUCUUUGCUAACAGAGAGCAGUGGGACUUGUGCUCGCUCCUGUAAUAGGUUCCAAGUUUUUUCAUUCAUCUGCUUCAUCUGAGCUUUUACAAACAUGGGGUGCUCCUCAUCCAGUGCACAGACUGUUGAUCAAGAGAAAAGACCAGGCACAAAGCCAGAGGAGAGCAAUGGAGACACAGUGGCAGUCAGAAACGGCAUCAUCGCAGAAGAUGCAGAAACCAUCGAGGACCAGAUGCAGCUGCCUGUGCAGAGUGCCUUACCAGAUGAUCUUCAACCGGGAGCUGAUGAUGAGGCGGAGGCUGUGUUAGUGGCCCUGGAGGCACAGGAGGAUCUAGGCUCUGGGGAGGACCUCCUGGCUGCUCCUGAACCACAGCCAGAACCUGUCACCCCUGAAGAACCAGCUUCAGCUGCUGCUCCAGCAGAAGCCACUACUGAACCUGAGGCUGCUGUAGUGGUGGAGGCACCACCCCCUGUGGAGGAAGUUGUCCCUGUAGAAACUAUAGUGGCUGAGGCUCCUCCUGAGGUCAAAGCCAUUGUUGAGGCUACAGAGGAGGCCCCUGCUGUGGAACCUGUUGUACCAGUGCAGGAUGAGGCCCCUGCUGUUGUUGAAGAGGCAGCUGCUGUGCCAGCUGAGGCCGUGCCUGAAGUUGCAACCCCUGCUGUUGAGCUUCCUGUAGCAGAGUCUGCAGAGGCCCCAGCGGUUGUGGAGGAAGCAGUAGCUGUUGAAGUGGCUGCUCCUGUGGAAGCAGAGGCUCCAACUGACAAUGCUGCAGCAGUUACUGCCCCAGCAGUGCCAGCUGAAUCUCCAGCUCCAAGUGAGGCUUCAGCAGCAGCACCAAGUGAGGCUGCAGCACCAAGUGAGGCUGCAGCACCAAGUGAAGCUGUAGCUGUACCAGCUGAGGCUCCAGUACCAGGUGAAGUCUCAGCACCAGCUGAAUCCUCGGCACCCGUUGCGGCUGCUGAGCCUGUAAUAGAUACAGCGAUUGCGGUGGCGACUAUUCCAGAGAUGCCUCCAUUAUCUUCAGCUGAAGCCCAAGCUGAGCCUGCUGCAGCCCCUGCUGAGACUGCACCACCAGCGGAAACUCCCUGCCCUGCAGAAGCUGCCUCUGCUCCAGCACCAGAAGCUAAACCAGCUGCUGCUGAGCCAGUUCAACAGGCAGAGGCUCCAGCAGAAGUAGCCCCAGAAGUUCCACCAGCAACUGUGACCUCAGAGUCAGCGGCGGACACUGCAGCCCCAGUGGUGGGUCUUGUGGUUGAACCCACCCCAGCAGAAUCUAAAGCACCCUCAGCACCAGCCCCUGCCGCUGAUCCAGCCCCUGAACCCUCACCUGAAGCGGUGGGCACAGAGAGCGAGAAAGCCAAAAAGGAGGACUGAGUUGGCAGAAGAGAUUCACCGAAAUAACAAACAAAAACCCAAAGCUACAAAUAUAAAGGCAACUGGAGGAAAAACAUGACAAAGCAACAAAACAAACACUACAUUUUCAGUAAUGUCUUAUCAGCUCUCACCAAACUGUACACCACAUACAUUAAUAUGCACGGUGCCUUAACAUGUAAUUUAGGAAAGAUCGGGAUUUUUCCUACAUUUGUAAAUAUAAACUUUACAAUUAGUUUUUCUACUGAGACCUUGAAGUGCCUGGAGCCACAUACUGCACAUGUAGGCAUUCGUACUGAAAGUACUAUGAAAACACAUAGGACAGGUAACAUGAGACAAGUGGGUGCAAUACUCUGUGAAAUCUGUGAACUCUUUCUGUAGAGAUUGUUAACUCAUCAGAGACUAGAGUGGCAGUGUGCUGAAGUGUAGUCAAGGAUGCUUGCAGAAAAUCCUUAACUAUUUAAAGUAGCUGCUUCUUUGAGGAAUACAAGCCAAACACAACUGUGAAUGAAACGAUGUAAAGACCUCGAGGAAACAGACACACCAAACUGGGUGAAUGAAAGACACAUUUUAAAAGAUCACAACUAUGACGUAGAAGUUUUAGUGUAAAUUCUGCCAUAAUACCACGUCUUCAUUUGGUGUUUACACAAUAUUUUAAGAGCAGCCUUUCUAAUAAGGUUGAUUUAUUUAAUAGGAAUGACAGUACUAAGUGUUGAGUAACAGAGUGUACAGUGUAAUACUGAUAAGCACUACUGUAGGUCAAAUCCAUGUUUUCUUCAUGUUUUUUUCUUCAAAAUCCCUGUGUUGGUUUCCAUGGUUAAAUGAUGAAUAAAAUGUGUUUUUAUGUUUUGAGGAUGUGUUUGAAGAAUAAAAAAAAAACAUGCAAAUGAUUAUAUUGAUAUGCAGACGAUAAGUAAUAAUGUGAUGAACCAUAGCCGGGUUGAGGAUGCAGAUGAUCCAAGUUUAUUCACCGACAUGUCAUCUUGCUGUUCCAUGAAGCCAUUUUGUGCAGCUGCACUGUAGCUGGCAGAUGUUCAUGAAAUGAUCUUCCUGAAAAUAAAGGCGUUUCAGACUAGAUUUAAAGACACCAUGGAGCCUGGCAGUGCUGACGUCAUAUGCACAUUGGUUUUGGUUUGAGUGCAUUUAUACGUACAUGUGUAGCACAGUAAGAGAUCACCUAGUGGAAAUGAUUUAUAAUUUAUCAUUAGUUCUACAUGCUGUGUUUAAAAAGAGUAAAAAUCUUGUGUAAGUGUGUGAGAUGAGAUGGAUGUUGCGGGAACAAAAAAUUCUUUUGAUGUCUGUUAUCUUUUUUCAUGUUUUUUCCUCUGUAAUAUAUAUUCACUUUCUGAGCCUUGUCUAUGAUUCUGCUAACCUAGUGUACAGAAUAAAGUUUU